AUGUCUGCGGCGGUGGCGGAUCUUAGGAACAUCGACGAGUUCGAGGUAUUGGAGGUGCUCGGCGAGGGCGCCGAGGGCGUCGUGAGCAGGGCGCGCGACCGCCGCAGCGGCAAGGAGGUCGCGCUGAAGUGGAUCCGCGGCGAUGGGCCUGACGGCCACGGGCCUCCCGACCGCCGCGCGCUCGUCAUGGAGGCCGGCUGCCUCCACGCGUGCCGCGGCCACCCGUCGAUCAUCGGGAUCCAUGGCGUCGCCGCCGACCCUAAGACCGGAGACGUGCAUCUCGUCUUGGAGUUGAUCCGGGGCGGGCUGAGCCUCCGCGACUCCAUGUGGAGUACCCCGUCGGAGGACGCGAUCCGCUAG